AUGUAUCGACCAAAUUCAAUGUGGACGUGGUCCUUCUGUAUUGUGACCCUUUUCCAGGCAGUCGUCACACUCGCUCUAGAAUGUUACGUAUUCGCAGACUUCCAACUCAAACUCUAUGAAAUAGCCGUCAAUGUAACGGCAUCCAAAACAAUUCCGACCUUUUUAGCACUGUACAGUUUCGGUUUCAUCUAUGAGUUAGUACUGGUCUACGACGCACUGCGCCUUAAGAAUACCAUUCAAGUCAUCGGGCUGUGCGUAUGCAACGUUGGCCUGUUGAUCUACGGUGCCGUGCAAGUGGAACAAAUUAAAGAUGCAAUCGGAGUUUUGAAUGACAAUACAGCCAUUGACCCGGCUGUGUGGGGACAAAUUAAGCCUUUCCUGAUCAUCAUCCCAUGUGUUGUGGCCAUGGGCACGCUGCUGAUGAUGAUCGUGGCUUGGAAAUUAUACGAUGAAUUUGCGUGGUCCAUCUAUAAGCACAUCAGCGCCGAUUUGCGAAUGAAGCGCCGAUACCUCACAUACCAGAUCUACAUUGCGCUCCUCAAGUUUGACUUCUUCUUUUUCCUUGGAUUUACCGUUCAGUUCGUGGUUAUUGUCACUAACCGGCACGAUGCCGAGUUUGCGCUUACUCUGGCGGCUAUCCCGGUCACAAUCUUGAUUUUGUUAGCUGCCGCUCUUUUCGUUCGGCGCGAAAGUUCUAUUGGAAUGAUCGUAAUCAUUCUCCUCUACUUUGCUGCACUGGCGUAUUUCUUGUUCAAACUGUACCGCAUUUACGACAAGAACACGUACCAGGAAUACCUCCAAGCGCAACGGUCCUUGACAUUUUUCGCCGUCAUCACCCUCGUUCUCAUCGUUAUGACUAUUAUCAAUGCUUGCAUGUGCAUGCACAACUUCCACAAGGGCUUGAAACCGCACGUGAAUAGGAAAAAGGCCCGCAAAGAAGAGGAGAAGACCACAGAGCUGUCUUCAAACAUUACCGGCCAAGCUUCUCCUCGUGCUGCUUCCCCCCUGACCUCUGGUGCCGAGUCUGGCCCAGACUCCAAGGCUUCUGGUGCUGGAGCUGGAGCUGCUGGCUCUGUUGCUUCCGUGGCCCGUACCUCCUCUCCCACUCCUCCUGGUGGUCCUCGAGCUGCUUUGCGUCGUCGCGCGGCUGCCGACCACAAGGAGUCUCUGCGCAAUGCCAGACCCAGCUCGACUCGCGCUGCCGGUGCCGGUGGCUCUUCCGGUACCAUGCUCAAGCUCUACACUGACGAGAGCCCUGGCUUGAGGGUCGACCCUGUUGUCGUCUUGGUUCUGAGCUUGGGCUUUAUCUUUUCCGUCGUUGGUUUGCAUGUCAUCGCCAAGAUCACUCGCAAGUUCUCCUCGUGA